GAGCAGCAUAUACUCGAAACCCAGAAGUACGGUAAAGGUUCCGUCAUGGUUUGGGGAUGCUUUUGGGAAGGCAGACUCGGUCCUUUAGUCACUCUCACUUGCAAUGUCAAUCAAGACAAGUAUAUUGACUGCCUGACCAACAAAUUUCUUCCCUGGUAUCAGGAAAGAACUGGAAAGGAACUUAUAUUCCAAGAAAACGGCGCUCCGUGUCAUACUGGUGGUUAUGCCGCCUGGCAGCACAGAGCCCAGAUCUCAACCCAAUCGAGCAUCUUUGGGCUUAUAUUGCGUAUAAGCCUCGCAGCAAACGUGACGAACUGACAAGCGUGGCUCACAUCGAAGCCUUCGUCCACAAAACCUGGUGGGGGAUCUCACCUCUUCUUCUGGAAAAUUUUAGUUUCCAGUCUGCCCCACAGGUGCCGCG